AUGGGACUGAACAACCUGUGUUCCCUGAUCUGUGUCACCCGGCUGGACAGUACUAAGAAAACCUUGGACGGUCUCAAGCCACACACUGCUCCAAAUUGGAAUGCGGGAUGGGAAAGCCUCCUCAGGACUUCCUCACCGCCUGGAAAGGGUCUGUCCCAGGGGAAGUGGGGGUGGUUCUACAGUUCAGACCCGAGUCUUGGAUACUUCUCUCCCACCUACACCCUCUCCUCACUUCAUUCCUCACUCGCGGUUUUCAGAGCAACUGUCACGACGCACUACCACCCUUUCCUGCUAGCUGCACCCAAAAGUCUCUACCUGCACGGAUCCUACGCACCUUCUAAAAUCUCCACUUUCAGGACUCCAAGCAGCUCUGCGCUCCCAAGAGAUUCAGAUCGACACCCAGGGGCUCCCCACGCAGGCUUCCCCUUCAGCUUCUGGAUCUCGGGGCUGCCUGGGUGGUCUCGACCCACAGAACAAGAACCCUUUCUGCUCGCUCCAGCUCCUGCCCGCUGCUGGAGCGAGGCACAGUGGCAGCUUUCACUCCCGGCGCCGCAGGUCUGGGAGGCGGAGGUGUGGCGGGAGGGCGGGCCAGCCCAGGUUCCUAGCAACCCGAGCGGCGUCCCCACUCCACCUGUCCCCUCGCGGGUCGCAGAGCUCACACGCCAGACCCGUGGUCCGGCCCCGCCGGCCUCGCCUACCUUCCGUCGGCCUCUGGGGAGCGCCCACGCCGGCCGCCUCCGGAGCUCUGCAAGCAAAGGGCGCUUUGUUAGGGCCCUGCGAGCGCCGCGACACCGAGCAGCCCACGCCGCCGAGCCGGGCACGCGUCCUUCCAGAGGACGCAACUAGGGACCCGCGCGGGCGUCAUUUCCAUAUGUAAGGGGCCAGCGCUCACAAAAGCGCGCCGGCGCAUCCUCCGCCCCCGCCGUCGCCCCUCCCCCGAGCCGCCACCCGGCGGCGACAGAACCCCUCCGGGGCCGCACCGCGUGCAGGACCGGGAUCUGCGGGUCUGCGCCGCUCAGGGCGCUCGGGGUCCCUCGUAGACCGCGCAUUGGCAGCCGAGGCCUCCUCGAUCUCCCAGGCCGCGCGACCCCCGGGGCUCCCCAGCUUGUCGCUUACCGAGUCCCGGGCUCAGGCGCCCCGCGCCACCGCACAGACCAUGACCGCGGGACUCUCGGGCUUGGCCGGGCGGCACGGGACGGCCGCGCCCAGCGCGCUUGCUCCCGGCUCAGCCGCCGCCACCCGGAGAUCGGGCCGCGGGGGAGGAAGAGCCUGGCCGCGCAGGGAGGAGUCAAGGGGACGCCGGCCAGGGCGCGGCUCCUCCUCCCGCCGCAGCCGAGGGAGGAGCGGGUAGCGGCUGAGAGUCGGCGGGUGCGAGCCCCCGCCAGGGAGAUUUGAAUUUGGGAACGCCCUGGCUCCGCGUGUCAGUCCUGCACCCAGAGGUCGCCUCAGCGUACCAGCUGGCACUGCCACCCCGCGGUCCCUUGCCCACCACCUCCUUUUCCUCUCAAAGGCAUCUACUAGUUCUUGGCGCUUGGCACAGAACCCACAACGUUUCGGGAGAGCGAAGACCCCAGCUUGAUGGACAUUAAGUGGAGGCGGGUACCUCUGUCACCUGCAGGUGACCCUGGGUUCCCUAGCUCCAGAGAGCCCUUUGAAGGUCAUGGGAAAGGGCCCCAAGAAGCAAAGGACCCUGGAGAGCAUUGAGGCCUCUGGACAUCCUACCUUUUCUAGAAGCAUCAGUAGCUGCCCACCUCAUUCUCGUAGGUGCCCUGCCCCUUGUAUAAACUUCGGAGAAUGCAGUCAACCCUCUGUUACAGCCGCGCAGAACAGAAAGUCAUUGGAAUUGGUGGUCCUUCUGCCAUCAAGGUUGCUGGGUGGAUCCCCAUCCUGCUGCUUUCUCCCAUGCCUGCUCUAUAUGUUACCCUCAAAACCAGUGCUAACUAUAUCUAAGUGUUCUUCCCUUUCCUAUGCUUCCAAAUACCAAGUAGUCAAACAGGAUUGCAAAUCCAGGCUAGAGGUGGAGGGAGGUAUGGGCCCGGAGGCAACUUCUUUGCAGGAUCCAUGAGUAGCCCUUGUGGAAGGAAGGAUAUGUCUUGAUUUUAUUACAUCCACAAGUUAUUUCCACAAGAACGCUGGGCAAAGCCCCCUUGCCACUGAGAGUUGUAGGCCACAGAAAGGACAAUGGGAAGUUCAGGCUCCUGGAACCAACUGAUGUGACCUCUUAGGUCAGUCUCCUUGAGGAGGUAGACACCAUAGCAUUUCAAAAGCAGGAAGCUGGAAGGCCCGGAAGCCAGAGCGUCACACAGAAAGCCCUUCACAGUCCGAGAUUCAGAACAUCACAUUAUGUGUGUCAAACUGCCUAGAGUUUAAUGCUCACAAAGCAGGACCAGUGAGAAGGGUUUUCCUGGGGCCCCCAGCUGACCAAGGCCUGCUUUAUUAUUUUCUGAUUAUACUGUGUAUAGUUCUGUAGAGUGGAAAACCCAAAUAAAGCAUUUAAAGGGUC